UCGGAACCGAUGUCACCAUUCGAGUCAGCGUACUGUCGCGAACCCAUACAUUAUAUUCAUAGAGGCUAAUACUAUAAUACGAAGUUAUCCUUAAUUACGCCUAGAGAACGUCAAAACCUUUACAAUAGGCGUGAACGUAUUUGUAGUUGUCUGGAAGGACCAUCUUUUUUGAACGAAUGGAUUUAAACAGGAGCAAGCUAGCAUAAGUAGCGAUAAGUAUGAGUUUCAUAAAGCGUGUGACGCAUUCACGGACAGUAUAGACACACGUGGCUGGCAAUUGAGCAAUAUUAUGAUGCCUAUCUUGCAAUAUCAAUGAAGGCUGUAUUCGUAAAUUAUAUUAUAAGAACAUAAGCUUUCAUCAGCCUGGUUCUACGGUUGGAAUGGACGCUUUCAUCUAGCGUUCUAAUGGAAGAAAACAUAACAGGAGACUCAUCAAUAAGAAACAGAAAGACCCUUCUGGCAGCCGCUGCCCUGUCAACUGAUAAAAACCCCAAUGAGGAUGGACACUUGACAGAGGGUGACAGUCUGCAAUCUAAUGGGCGUAACCACAGAAGAAGAAGCUCCACCAGUGAUGAGUCCAACAGCAGAGGAUUACUUUUUUUGGUGGCUGGACUGGCCUUUUCCACACGCCUCUACAAAAUAAAAGAGCCUCCUCAUGUGUGCUGGGACGAGACACACUUUGGGAAGAUGGGAAGCUACUACAUCAACAGGACCUUCUUUUUUGAUGUGCAUCCUCCUCUGGGGAAAAUGCUGAUAGGGCUAGCCGGUUACAUGAGCGGCUACGAUGGUACUUUUCAAUUCACAAGACCUGGAGAUAAAUAUGAACACCACAUCUACUGGGGGAUGAGAGGAUUAUGUGCUGGUUUAGGCUCCUUUCUCCCUAUCUUUGCCUACCUCAUUGUACUGGAGCUGUCUCACUCUCACACAGCAGCUCUCAUGGCUGCUUGGCUGCUCAUAUUUGACACAGGCUGCAUCACUAUUUCUCAGUACAUCCUUUUGGAUCCCAUACUCUUGUUCUUCAUCAUGGCAGCAACACUCAGCAUGGUCAAGUUCAAUGGGGAAAAGGACAGGCCUUAUUCUGCUUCUUGGUGGUUUUGGAUGCUACUAAAUGGUGUCAGUCUUGCUGGAGCAUUGGGGGUGAAGUUUGUAGGUCUUUUUGUCAUCCUGCUGGUGGGACUGAACACAAUUUCUGACCUCUGGAGACUUUUAGGCGAUCUGGACCUAUCAUUGAUGGACGUCGCAAAGCACCUCCUGGCUCGCGUAUUCGGGCUCAUCCUGGUUCCCCUCUUCCUCUACGUUACAAUAUUUGCUGUCCACUUUGUGGUGCUGAACAAAAGCGGACCGGGAGAUGGUUUCUUCAGCUCUGCCUUCCAGUCUCGUCUCAUUGGGAACAAUCUACACAACGCUUCGAUGCCUGAGUACCUGGCAUAUGGCUCCACCGUUACAAUGAAAAACCUUCGCAUUGCUGGUGGCUAUUUGCACUCGCACUGGCAUUUGUAUCCAGAUGGAAUUGGAGCAAAGCAGCAGCAGAUUACAGCCUACCUGCACAAGGACUACAACAACCUAUGGGUGGUUCACAGGCACAAUGAUACAAACUCUCAGUCUGAGGCCCCUGAUCUGGUUCGUCACGGUGACAUCAUCAGAUUGGAGCACAAAGAAACAACCCGGAAUCUUCACAGUCACCUCCAUGCAGCGCCGCUGACUGGGAAGCACUACCAAGUUACGGGUUAUGGCAUUAAUCACACCGGUGACAGCAAUGACCUCUGGCGAGUGGAAGUUUGCGGAGGCCGCAAAGGCGAUCCAGUGAAAGUGCUACGCAGUAAAGUUCGUUUUCUGCACAAAGCUCUUGGUUGCGUGCUUUUCUCUUCUGGGAAAACCCUCCCCAAAUGGGGCUGGGAACAAGUGGAGGUUACCUGUAAUCCCUACUUGAAGGAGACUCCCAGCUCUCAGUGGAACAUUGAAGAUCAUUUCAAUGCCAAAUUGCCCAACAUCAGCCUGUCAGUGCUGAAACCUCAUUUCCUAGAAAUCCUUAUGGAGUCUCACAUUGUGAUGAUAAGAGGUAACAGUGGUUUAAAGCCCAAAGACAAUGAGAUGAACUCCAAACCCUGGCACUGGCCAAUCAACUACCAGGGACUAAGAUUCUCAGGAGUGAAUGAAACAGAGUACCGUGUGUACUUGCUCGGCAACCCUGUGGUCUGGUGGCUAAAUCUGGUGAGUUUAGGGUUAUAUCUGGUCUUUGCUGCGGUCGCUUCGAUUGCCUUCCAAAGAGGUAUCUCAGUAGGCCAAAGGAGAAGAGAUCAUUGUUUGGUUCUCAUGAGGGGAGGAGGCCUUCUUUUACUUGGCUGGAUACUGCACUAUAUACCGUUCUACGCCAUGGGUCGAGUCCUUUACUACCAUCAUUACUUCCCUGCGAUGCUCUUUAGCAGCAUGUUGACAGGAAUUACGCUUGACUUCCUGUUGAACAUGGCUGACCUGCUGUUUCAUCCGCCAUAUUGUGACUGGCUGCACGGAGCUGGGAAGAUGUCGCUUCUGGCUAUUGUUCUCUACAGUUUCUACCUGUUCCACCCGCUCUCCUAUGGCAUGACGGGACCUCUGGCACACGAGCCUGGCAGCUCAAUGGCCGGACUGAAGUGGAUGGAAUCCUGGGAGUUCUAAUACGAUUUCACUGAAGAUGACACCAGUUACAAAUAUCUGGUGUGGACAUCAAGGACUUAUAGCUGUCAUUUCACAGUCUUAUAGUGUUAUUAUUCUUAAGAUAUUUUGUCAUGGUACUGUACCCCGUUUGGGUGUGUUUGAGUUGAUUGUUUUUUAUGCUGAAGGACUUGAAACUUGGAUGUUAGAAUUAGGUAUUAUACUGGAUGUUGUAUGAUCUUAAGUGCCUCAAAAACUGAAAGUAAGUCGAUAAUUUCUUUGUAUUUGUAUUAUCUUAAACUGGAUUUUUGGGGAAAGAAUUUUAUGAUGCUUUGUAAGCUAUGGAGCCCAUGAAGGGACAUCAACACAAAUAAAAUAGAUUUAAGCAGUCUGGUGCGCACCAGAAAUCUGCCAAUUGUUGUCAACAUUAGCAUUAUAUAGCAAUUAAGCUAGCGGAAUUUUUUUUUUUUAUUCAAGUUAGCCAAUUGUUGCUAUAUAUAAUGCUAACGUUUGCAACAAUUGGCAGAUUUCUGAUGCGCACUAGAAACAAUCUGAUGCGCACCAGAUUAAAUAUUGCUUAAAUUUAUUUUAUUUCUGUUGAUGCCCCUUUAGGGGCUCCAUAUCAAGCAUACACGACACUCCAUGUUAAUA